UAUCCUUCACGCGGGAGCAUCGCCGUUUUGAAACAUCCGCGACCUUCUCCCGUCGCGUCGCGUUGCAACGCGCGCUUUCCCUCGAAAACGUCAAAGUAACGGCACGCAACGAGACACCGGAAACGGGGCGACACCAAAAGGCCAGCGGACUCGGACCGAUCAGUGAUUCGCGUCGUUUCGUCGUUUGGAACCGUGUCGAUCUGAACCUUGACAGCGAGAGGAAUCAUCACGAUCUCGAAGUGAAUGCACGAUGCGGAUCGAGGUUCGAAAUGUGCUGCUGUGACGUUACCGGGGAAUUGUGAUUCUCAGUUCUAACCGAGUGCAUUUAAGCCUAAAGUGUCCGCAAUUGUCUCCCUCUUUCCUUGCAUUCUCUCUUACGUACGUGUCAUUCUUCAUCCGAAGAAGUGUAUCUGUACGAUUGUGGACUUACACACGAGGCGAUACAAAUAGAUUCCCGGGAGUACGUCUGUGUUCCGCGACAAAGACUGCGAAUCGUGAUCCUGGCUGAUAGAGCCCGUAUCUAACGCUGACCAGGACAAGGUGGUUUAUGUGACGCGGGCUUACGCGCAUUGUGCACUGCACUUUGAUACAUCGUACAACGCUCGGAACACUCGUCAGGAUCGUUCCCACGCGGACUCGAUCUUUGUCGUCGAACGCAAUUAAAGAUGUUAAAACCAAAUUCUAUCGUACUCGCAACUAGACUCAGUGUCGUCUGACAAGAUAAUUCAGUGUAAUUCAAGACUUCUUGGAAACCUAUUCGCUUCUACGUAGAACGCUCCGAUUGUAGUUGCAUUUUUCAUCUGGAAAUCAAAGGUGUUGGAUCUGAGAUCUUUUUUAUGAUCCACCUUCCUGGUGUCAAAUGGUAAGAUGUUCCCAGCGAGGAGCGACUUAGAUUUAGUGUGAGACGUUUAAGACGCGUUGGGAACCUGUUCGCUGGCUCGUAUUCAAAGCCAGACACAGGGAGGUCCUGGACUAAGUUGGAAGUCGAACUUCUGCCGAGCGAUUGGCCGAGUCCGCGUAUAAAAGACUCGUGACAGUGGUUUGUGAACGAAACUAGGUGACGUACGGUUAUCGCGUUCAGUGGCUCGAUCGAACUUGGCACGAAUAUCCUCCAGCCGCUCCCUCGAUUCACGCUGAAUGGGACGAGCAAGAUUUCCGGGAACGACCGGGUACUCCUCGACGCGACUCAGGAAUUUCUUUGAUCCUCCGACAUAUCCCGUGGAACGUCUCAACGAAACAACGACAAUUACGGAAAUUGAACUACAACGCGGAGAAACGUCGAAAGAAACCGGAGUUAAAAGAAAGUUUCACGUCCAAUAAAAGAGGAAGAGUUCCCGGUCGCUCAAAGAGAGGAACGCUCCGCCGGUCUUAAAUAGAGACAAUUGUCAGGUGUUCCAGAGGAAAUCCUCUGGCUUUAAUUAAUAUCGUUACUCGAGUGGAACCUGGAAAUUAUCGGGAUGUGAAUAAAGAACAUCCACGAACAGCGAACGACUGGAAGUGUUAUGAGAGAGUGAAGAAAUUGGUUUUCGAGGCGCCGAUAGGAAGCGAAUGCGGCACGCGCGUGAACUCGAGUGCUUUUUACGCGACGACUGCUAAGAUAGGGUCGGUCCCGUGUGGAGACCUUCUCGAGUCUCGGGGGAUGUUCAAGUUAAAAAAGGUGUCGGCGGAUCAGGGACGAUCGUCAACCCCUGUUUAUUCUCCAGUUUCUGUGAUUCCGUUCUACUUGCUACUACAACGGUGUGGAAAGUCUUUACCUCGCAUUCUCAUCCCUCCUCUCACACUAACAAAUGAGAGAAUGAAUUUGCUGAGUCAGUGUUUCUUUACGCUUUCUUGAGUUUAUUUAUAGAUUAUUAUACGACCUGUUCUAUCUUUACUAACGAAUUUAUAAUUUCGCUAUUAUAAUCAUUUUUGUAUAAUUAAUCUUAUCAGUUUCUCGGCACUUUUUUAUUCAAAAUUUCCUAUUGUCUUAUCAUACAGAACAACCUAUGUCAAAGUCCGACAAUUUUAAAAGGCAAUUAGUUUGGAGGAAACCACCGCGAGGAGGAAUGAUCGAUGAAACGUCUGGCGGUUCGAGAAAAUUACUAUAACGAGUCUCGCCUAAUGCAUCAGGAACAAGGUUUGCGGUAGGGAACGCUGCGCGAAGCACGAAGUCGUCCGCACGAUUCCGGUGUUCCCACUUCGCCGAGCGAUCUUAGGGCAGCGCAAACUGCUAACGCGCUGACGAAAUACUCCCCGCCGUUAAUUACAUUCAUUAGCGGUUCUCGCGCGCGCUACAACGCUGCAGCCGUCGCGUUCGGGUUACAUUUUCCCCGGCUUGCAGGGAAUAGCUCGGCCGCGAAUUCCACCCCUUCGUACUUAUCCGUAUCCGAACCCGACGCGAGCAGCGAGGGUUUUUGUUUUUCGGGAGGAGAGAGAGAGAGAGAGAGAGAGAGAUAGAGAGAAAGAGGUAGGGAGGAGGGAUGAAAAGCGAGGCGAACGGGAAAGAAGAAAAAAAAGUAGCGAACUCGGUCAAGUUGGAGCGUUGAAACCGCACAGUGCAACGAGAACGACUUUGUUAUUUAUUUAUUUAAUCGCUUCAUUUCGGUUGAUUCUCCUCCUUCCAGCGGUGCUCGCGAGUGAACGAGCCGAGUCAGUGACGAUCCGAGCCAACUUAUCGUCGAUAGAUAACGGGAGAUCAUGACGCUCUAGUCAGUCUAGUCGAAUGGGAAGAAGUGUGUCAGUGCGCGAUUCAAUCGAGUCUUCACGAGGAUGAUCACGUGAAAUGACAACAAUCCGAUCGUGAGACUGUCGACGUUAGCGUACUCCCAUCAAGGAUGCGUGAUACAGUGAGAUGACUGAGACGCGUGUGAGAUAGUAUUAUCAAUAUGUGAAGGAACCUCGCCGAGGAUAAGCGAUGUCUACUUCUCUUCCCAUACUUGUCUGUUUUAUCAUUUCUUUUGGUGGUAUAGCGUCAUGUGUAAGAAAUUUCCGCACCGACUUUCUGGAGGAAUGGCCGACCCCAGGCACGGGACCUCACUUCGACACCACGAUGCAGUCGAACUUCACCGGACUCGUGGGCAAGCCAGUGCACCUCGUAUGCAAAGUGAAGAACCUCGGAAAUCGAACGGUCUCCUGGGUAAGGCAUCGAGACAUCCAUUUGUUAACGGUGGGUCGUUACACGUAUACAAGCGACCAGCGUUUCGAGGCGCAGCACCUACCGCACACCGAAGACUGGACGUUGAGGAUAUUGUCUGCCCAAAAGAAGGACUCCGGUAUCUACGAGUGCCAAAUAUCAACGACACCCCCAAUCGGUCAUCCGGUUUAUCUAACGAUAGUCGAGCCGAUCACUGCCAUCAUCGGUGCCCCUGAUCUCUUCGUCAAUAAGGGUAGCACCAUUAACUUAACUUGCGUAGUAAAGUACGCACCAGAACCGCCCACGAUGACUUGGAGUCAUAAUUCUAACAUAAUUAAUUUCGACUCGCCGCGCGGCGGAGUCAGCUUAGUGACGGAGAAGGGCCCAGAAACGACCAGUCGUUUAAUGAUCCAGAAAGCAGUGCCGAACGACUCUGGAACCUAUACUUGCCAGCCCAGCAACGCAAAUCCCAGCACCAUCAAGGUUCAUGUUGUUAACGAGGAACAUCCGGCUGCGAUGCACCACGGUGACGGUAGCUCGUCGUACGCCAAGAUACUGCCGAUGCAUUUUAUAAUUUUAAUAGUAGCUAACAUAAUAUUUGUAUAAGUGGACGGAAAAGAGACGAUAAGACGAGAGGGAAUAAAAAUGGGGGAGAGGAUAAAUGAAACCGUCGCGAUAAAUAAAACGAGGAGUCGCGCUGAAUUGCAUUUCGCCUAAGACCGUUAACGUUCUUUGGAUAAACAAAUAUUUAAGCAGGGUAAAACCGACUAUUACCUACGAUUAACGUUAAAUAAAAUUUCCGUGACCAAAAGAGUUUUCAAGUAUCACAGCACGGCACAAUAAUCGGUAAGAGCGUAGUAUUUUGUUAAGAUAAUAUCAUCAUCAUCAAGGACGAAAUGAACUUACAACGUCGAACAAAUUUAUUGUAUUAUUUGUAAAUAAAUUUAUUGUAUGUACAUAUCAAUAAAACGAUUGUCUUUA